AUGUCGUUUGGCGCCGCCAACUUUUACCGCAGCAACAACGUAACCAUCCAGCCCAUUACGUUCUCAAACCAAUUUAAGAUGAGCGUCGCUAGCAAUCUCUUCACCCCCAAGAGCCUCGACACGAAUGGAAGCGCCCCGGCGAUUAUCGUCGGCCAUCCCAUGGGUGCUGUGAAGGAGCAGAGUGCAAACCUCUACGCCACCAAAAUGGCCGAGGAGGGCUUCGUCACCGUCUCGAUUGAUCUCUCUUACUGGGGUGGCAGUGAAGGAGAGCCACGGAAUGCAGCCUCGCCAGAUCUGUACGCUGAGUCUUUCAGCGCUGCAGUCGACUACCUCACCUUGCAAGAUUUCUGGAUCUUUCGCGAUCAGUGCGGCCAAGAUCGACUCACGCAUCAAGGCCAUUGCCACAUCAUUAAUGUAUGA